GUGAAAUUGAUAAAGCAGUAUGAAUAUUAUGAAUCACGAAACUGUUUCAUUAAAUAUUAUUCCUUCCUGACAUCUUACUAAUGCCUAAUUUUGAAGAAGAUUAUGCGUACAGUUGCAAAAAAAUAAUAAUAAUAAUAAUUCUAGAAAUAAAAAUAAGUCUAACUCAAUUUUAAAAAGUAAAAUUGCGCAGCUUCAGUAUUGUUUAUGACUCACAUCACCUUAUAUAUUAUUAAACAAUUCGAUCAUUUAUUCUUUUCCUCGUUAGAUGGCGGUACCUCCUUGCGCGUCUUGAUACUCUUCUCUUCAUGGUUUUCAAUGUAAACAACUAACUACAAAACAAUGGCAGAGACAUAUGUAAUUGCUAAAUAUGAUUAUAAAGCACAAAGUAAUCAAGAAUUAAAUAUCAUGAAAAAUGAGCGUCUUGUUCUAUUGGAUGACAGUAAGCAUUGGUGGAAAGUUCAGAAUACUCGAAACCAAGCCGGCUUCGUUCCGUCGAACUACGUCGAGAAGGAGAAACCUUCCAUGUUUGAUAGCAUAACCAAGCGUAUAUUUAGUAAGAAAAGUGAACCCAAAAUUGCUCCUCCGUCUUCAUCAAGAAUAGCUGCUGCCAAGGAAGCCGAAGCAAAAGGUAUAUCUCCUCGAGUUGCAACUCCUGCUGAUAAAAUAUGCUUGAAUACGACGGCAAUCGUCAAAUAUACCUACGAAGCUCAAAAAGCCGAUGAAAUCUCUCUGGUCAAAGGUACAAGAGUUGUGGUCAUGGAAAAAUCUGGUGAUGGUUGGUGGAAAGGUGAAAGCUGUGACGCCCAAAUCGGAUGGUUUCCGUCUAAUUAUGUGCAAGAAGAACCUAGAGACGCGUCCAAUGUGGCCGGUGUUUCGACUCCUAGCAAGAAACUAUCGGUCACCUAUCAAAACAUUCCAUCAAAUGAAGGUGAACAUUUGCCAGAAAUAUCUCGUAAUUUGCAACCAGAAGGUGAACCUGCUACAGUUACAUAUCAAAACGUUCUUCAAGGUAAUGAUUUUGUUAUUACUCUCUAUCCGUUUAGUUCCCAAAGCGACGAAGAACUUAGUUUCCAGAAAGGUGACCAACUUGAGAUAGUGGAACGGCCAUCUAACGAUCCAGAUUGGUGGAGGGCACGCAAUAAUAUUGGACAGAUCGGCCUGGUUCCUAAAAAUUACCUGCAGAUUGUGUCUCCUGGUCGAGCUGAUACUGCUCCACCAAAACCAGAUGAAGCGUCUGUCAAUGGUGCUCAACAUGAACACCCCAAGCCUGUAUUAGGAGCUUGCGGUGGUUCUCCAAUGGUGAAACAACGUAACAAAGGUAACAGCGACAGGCCAUGGUAUAUUGGAAGUAUUACUCGAAGCGAUUGCGACAGAAUGCUGAAUGAUUUUGCAGAAGAUGGCGAUUUUGUAAUAAGAGACAGUGAAACCAUUGUUGGUGAUUACUCUGUGUCUUUAAAGGCUCCAAAACGAAAUAAACAUUUUCGUGUUUAUAUGGAAGACGGUGUGUAUUGCAUAGGUCAGCGACGGUUUAAUUCUUUAGAUGAACUGGUUGAGUACUAUAAAAGAGCUCCCAUAUAUACUGGUCCAGAUGGGGAAAAACUCUAUUUAAUCAAAGCAUUUAGAAAAGUCAUUUGAGUAUUUCCUCUCCUUUAUUUAUUUUUAUACAAUUUUAAACUUAAUGCUCUCAUUUGCAUUUUUGAGAAAUAAGUGUGAUAAUUUAGAUUUUAGUGUGUGCCAAAUUUUUAUAAUUCUAUUUAUUUUAUUUUCUCAUCUAUUGAGUUUAACAAGUGUGAUAUUUUUUUAGUUUAUUUUUCUACCCAAUAACUUGAUUUUUGCAUUUUUUAUGAACAUUUUAAGUGAAAAAGAACUUCAACUGUGAAAAGGAACUAAACAUGGUAAAUUAGUGAUAGAUUUCCUAAUGUUGUUUGCUGAAGUUGAAUAUCAAAGUAUAUUUUAUUUGCAUGCAUUUCUAGUUGCAAAUUAUUGAAGCUUUUCUAAAGUUUAAAGUAGCUUAUUGGUAUUUAUUUUUAAAAUUUUUGUUUGAAUUUUAAAAAAGUCAGCAUAUACAUGAAAUUAUACUUAAUACCACUUCAACAUGCUAUUACCAAAGUCAACCUAUCGAAUGUAUA